UGAUUGGUUGCGGCUUAAAGCUAAGGAAAUUGCUAAGCUAACCUGAAGGUAGCUAUUUUAAAGCGGUCUCGACCUACCACGAAGAUUUCUCUCAGAUCAACCGUAAUAUCACCUUUUACGCUUUAGCUAACUUAGCGCAGUCCGGAUCAACGGCAUGGCUGAAGUAGUACGGGGACCAGCAGGAAACAACGAUUGUCGGAUUUAUGUCGGGAAUCUCCCUCCCGAUAUCCGUACUAAAGACGUUGAAGAUGUAUUUUACAAAUAUGGAAGUAUCCGAGAUAUCGAUCUGAAGAACAGAAGAGGCGGACCCCCGUUUGCCUUUGUGGAAUUCGAGGACUCCAGGGAUGCAGAGGAUGCGGUCCAUGGACGUGAUGGUUACGACUACGAUGGCUAUCGUCUCCGUGUCGAGUUUCCAAGAAGCAGCCGGGGGGGCAACAGAGGAGGAGGAGGAGGAGGAGGUGGUGGUGGUGGUGGUGGUGGCGGGGGAUCACUGGGAACAGCAAGGGGGAGAUAUGGUCCCCCCUCACGACGUUCAGAGUACAGAGUAAUUGUGUCAGGUCUACCACCCAGUGGAAGCUGGCAAGAUCUGAAAGAUCACAUGAGGGAGGCAGGUGAUGUAUGUUAUGCCGAUGUGUUACGCGAUGGUACCGGCGUGGUGGAGUUUGUACGGAAAGAAGACAUGAGCUAUGCCGUCCGCAAGCUUGAUAACACAAAGUUUCGUUCACACGAGGGAGAGACGGCAUACAUCCGUGUGAAGGUGGAUGGUCCCCGGAGCCCCAGCUAUGGAGGCUCGCGCUCUCGCAGCAACAGCCGCAGCCGGAGCAACAGCGGAUCACGCCGCUACUCUCCACGCCGCGGACGGGAGUCUCCACGUUACUCCCCUCGCCGCUCUCGCUCUCGCUCCUAGACCGGCGAGACAUGGGGAAAUCACGACAAUGCCCCCCCCCCCCCCUCAUUGACCAUCUGCUGUUGAACCUUCUUCUCUGGUUGUUUCUUUUGUUUCCCGUGUGUGUGUGUGUGUGUGUGUGUGUGUGUGUGUGUGUGUGUGUGUGUGUGUGUGUGUGUGUGUGUGUGUGUGUGUGUGUGUGUGUGUGUGUGUGUGUGUGUGUGUGUGUGUGUGUGUGUGUGUGUGUGUCUCCCAUCAUCUCUCUUGCCUUCCCUCUCCUGACUAAUAUCUCACCAGUGUGCAUAGCCCUAGUAGUCUAACUUGUCUCUCCCCUUUCAUACUGACCUUUUCAGUACCAAAUCCACCAGCUGAUUGUAAUGUUACCCUGCUGGUCUUUUGGACUUCCCCAGAUGUUUUCAAAUUUCAAUUUUGAAGAGGUUGCUCCGCUUUGUUAACGCUUUGUUUAUACCGUUACUUUUUUUUAUCUUGGCCAUGCAUUUUAGUGUUUAUGAACUGCUGUACUUUGACCCUGUCAUGUGUAUCUCUCUGUAGAGUUCAGAGGAGCAGGAUAGCAUGGGGAACAGGAAUUAGGAUUAACAGGAGGAGGAGGAAUCAAAAAACGAACCAAUGGUAUGACACCUGUGGCCUCCGAAGGCUAGCCGAAGAUAUUUUCUACAGCUUUCCUUUUUAUUUCCUUUUUUAUUUUUGACCCACAAAGUCUACAAAAGCGUUGUGUUGUGGUGGCUAGAGUUACUUCUGCAUGCUUGUUUAAUUGUUGAAUAUAUGAACUGUGCCCACCAGGAUACAAGACAAUGCUUCUGCACACCAGUCCUGCAUCCAAACACCUAGAAUGCAUUGCUCUGUUUUGCCAGGGUGGUGUAAUCAAACUCAGUUCUAAAUACUAGUGUUGUUCGAAGACCAUUUGGUCUGUGGUUUUCUUGCUUGUUUUGCUAAUGGUUAAGUAGCAACUGUCCAUGUGGCAUCAUUAGUAGAUAUAUUUUAAUAUAUCAUUCUAAGUUUGUCCCCCCCCCCCCCCUAAUGUAGGAAAAUGAUCGAAUUUAUUUUUGAAUGUCUUUAGUGUGGUGUGACUCUAACUGGCCUCCUUCUCUUUGGUUCUGCUGGUAUUAAGGUUCGGACGGGGCUCAGUGCUUCCCACUCUGGAGCUGGAUCAGGAUUCAGGAUCAGAUCAGGAUUAGGAUUAGGCUUCAGGAUGGAUACAUGGAGCAUUUUACUGGGAGAAGAUCCCGACCCAUGGCCCGAGCCAACCGGAGUUAUUAUAGCAAAGGAUCUUUUCUCUAAUUGGCCUUUUAAAAAUAACCCCCACAAAAAUCUUGUUUUUGCGUGUGUCUGGGACAUCAGCGACCCAAUCACAGAAGUCUUCCAGAUGAGGCAAUUUUUUUUUUCCUGAUCCGUUUUUUAAAAUGAAAGAGGGAGAGAAUGUGGAGCAUGGCUGGGAUCAUAACCAGGAAGCAGGCUGGACCCACGCACAUAAGGAGAGCGGUAAAUAGAGUGGGUUAUCAGAGGGAGGGGGGGUGUCAUUGAUGUGGUUUGCCAUCUUUUUUUUUAUUCUUUCCCAAGCAGGUUUGUGCUGUGGAGAAGUUAUGUUCUGAUGAUCAUUCAAAGUUGAAAUCUUAAUCUCAAAAAUAAAAGUUACAUUUAUUGUA